AUGCCUAUGCCGGUCGUAUCCGACCUCCUUUCUGGGGAAAACCGACUGCUUCUCCUGACAUAUGGCACAAAGUGGAGGCAGCUAAGAACCAUUGUUCACAAGCUUCUGACACCGAAAGCAUCGGAGACCUACAAACCGUCGCAAGACUUUGAGGCGAAGCAGUUGCUUUUCGACCUUGCAACCGGUAACGAUGAUCAAGAAAGCUUUUACUUGCAUGUUCGCAGAUACACGACCUCUGUAGUGUUGACAAGUACAUAUGGUCGACGAGUUCCAGCAUGGGACUGCGACGAUAUGCGAGAGAUCUACCAACUCCUGAAAGACUUUUCUGAGGCAGCAGAGCCUGGUGGGUUCGUAGCCGACUUAUUCCCACCACUCGCCCAGAUUCCAUCAUGCCUUCAAUGGUGGAGGCCGAGCGCUAUUGCGGCAUACAACCGGCAGAAAAAGACGUGGAUGCGCUACUGGGAUGAGUUGAAAUCUGCUGUAAAUCAGAAGAAAGCUCCCGAGUGUUUCGUGAAGCACUUCAUUGAGACAGAUUUUGAGAAGCUUGGAAUCAGCGAUGUUCAGGCUGGUUUCGUGGCAGGAUCGAUGAUUGAAGCAGGCUCGGAGACCACUUCAUCUGCACUUAACAGUGCAAUUUUAUAUUUGUCAGCCCAUCCAGGCGUCCAGGACACAGCAAACGCUGAGCUCACGAAAGUUGUUGGAAACGAUCGAUCUCCCACUUUCUCUGAUGAGGCUGAUUUGCCAUACAUCCGAGCCAUGGGCAAGGAAAUCCUUCGCAUCCGACCUGUCACGAACAUUGGAAGUCCCCAUUACACGACCGCGGACAUUUUCUACAAAGAUUAUUUCAUCCCCAAGAACACUGUGGUCGCUAUCCCACAAUAUGUCCUCCAUUACAGUUCAGAAAAAUGGGACAACCCAGAAGACUUCGAUCCGUCGCGAUAUUUGUCUUAUCCAGAGAAAGCAGGCUUCUAUGCCGCCCAAGGAGAUGCGAAAGGCCGCGAUCAUUUUGACUUCGGCGGCGGCCGGCGCAUUUGCCCUGGGAUGCAUCUGGCAGAAAAUAGUCUGUUUGUAACGCUUGCCAAGAUCCUCUGGGCUUUCAAGAUCGAGCCGGCACUAGAUCCAAGUGGCAACCAAAUCCCCGUAGAUCUCUCAGAUGAUGCAUAUGAGCCGGGGGUCAAUACUCUGCCCAAACCGUUCAAGGCUCGGUUCGUCCCGCGGAACACGCGACGGGCAGAAGUUCUGAAAGCCGAAUGGGCUCAGGCGCAAAAAGAAGGAUUUUACUUGGGAAACGUGAAGGUCGUCAUAAAGGACUUCCCGCUGUGGUUCACGCAAACUAGAUUUCUCUUGACCUUUUAUGCUACCUUUAGCGGCGACCAGGACCUGGUUUCAACCUCCACGGAUGAAAGUGGAUUCUACAAUCUGAUAUACAACCAAGCACGCAAUAAGCUCAACAGCGAGAAAACCAAACUCUCCACGAUGGAGUGGCCACGCUGGGUUGAACGCGAAUCAUGGAAGCGAGUUCUUGGGGGCAUAUAUGUUGCAGGCACUCUGAGAAUGGUUAUCUACGGCAUCAACCCCAUAUUCAACGCAUCUAACGAUUUGGAAGUUGAAUGCUUCCAUGAGGAAACCCUAUGGAACGCACAAUCAUCUAGCGAGUGGCUAAGUCUACAGCCAAAGCAUGAACACCAGGAGGUCGGCACUAUGAGGGAACUGGUGGAAGGCGUUCUAUCAGAUGACCAGAAGCGCAGCAGACUUGACAUCGCUCGAGUCUCUCACUUCUCAUUGCUCAUACUCACACAUGCCGUCAUGGUACAUAUGCGUCAGCUUUACCAGAUCUCACAGACGUCCGCUCUCUGCGCGUUCUCCAGUCAGUCAUUUCUAGGCCAGUCUCUAUUGAAAACGGGCUUGGAAUCUCUUUCGAGGUGUUACAACUUACUCCAAAUGCCUCACCAAGACCGACUCGAAGACCUGGAUGACAAGGAUAUUGUCUCCCUACGUUUCUCAUCUUAUGGAAUCCUUAGAGCCGCGUACAUCCGACUGUUUGACAUCACUACAGGGUUCGACCGGCUCACUUUGAUGGCCGAGGAUCCCAAAGUCAUUGAAACGUCGGUCGCGAUUUUGGCAGAAGCGCCACUCGAAAGAGACCGUUUUCUUCUAGAUGCCGUAGAGAAAACGCUGGAGGGGUUCCAAAUUCCAUUCAGAAUGGGACACAUGCUGAUGCGCAAGACUGCCGCGUUCCGAUGGAGUAUUGAACACGCAGUCGCAGCCUGGGAUGCCGGACUAUUCGUCACCAAAUGGGUGCACUCGGUGGAGAUUGAUGCUAUAAAUGGCAUCGAACCAACCAGGGCGGAGACUGAGCUGCUGACGGCAAUGAAGGAAGUUCUCGAAGAGGCGGACUAUGAUCCAGAGGAGAACAGAUCGUUUGCGGCGGGGCUUGCUCGGACCUGGAGUCUUUUCUUGCAAGAUGUAUGGGUUUGGGGCAUCACUGUGCGCAUGGGAAAGGUUUUGGAACACCUGGCAACUGCAUAUGAAAACCAUAAUGAAGCACAAAGGCAGAAAUGA